UUCAUCUCGUAUACGAUAAAUCCUUGAUCAGAGUUCUCUUUAGUAUCGUUUGGUGAUGUUAGUGCUUUAUAUGGAUAAGAUAGGAUUCAGUUGUUGUAUGUAGGCAUAAACCAUGUGGAUUAUCUUGUCAGUACUCUUACUUUGGGGAGACACGGCAGAGGGACAACAUAGAAAAGAUAUUUGUAAGGAAGGGUGUUUUGAAGAAGAGAUUGCCUUAAACGACUGUCGAGAUGACUAUUUGAUAAAUAUAACUGAAGUUUCUAAUCUAUAUAAGAAAUGUGAUUCUUGCGAUCAAAACAAUUGCGAUCUAAACAAUCAAUGUUAUAACCUUAAACAGAUAAGUGAUGAUUACCGAAGAUGUAACAGAAAGAAAAGAUGUUUCUUGCAAAUUCACUACGUUCGCAAAGAAACAUGUGCUAUUGAUAAGCGAAAUGAAUACAUCAAUUUCCAAAGAAUUUGCUAUGGAUGCAUUCCACCCGAUAUAAAGACUACAGAAGCACCUGUAACUAACGCAAUAACGUUCACAACAGAAGGAUAUAGAACAUCAACAUCAGAAAAAACACAAGUUACAACUACAGGUUCGCAUCUAAAUACAACCAUUCAAAUAGCAGUUGGUGAUCGUAUCGACAAUGUAGUCAUAAUAGCAACUGUUAUAGCUGCAUGCAUAGUGGGAAUCGUAGCUGUGACAACCAUUAUUUGUGUUGUUCUAUAUGUAAGAAGAAGAGCUCUCAAAAGGAACAUCGGUAUGAAUGUAUACAAGGAGUGUGGUAAGGACGAUUCUUACGUUCAUCUUUCCGACAACGCAACACAACUCGAACAUGAAUCCUCUUCGCAAAAAAACUCGAAUGGCAUCAACUUUUGCGUCAGCGAGAAUACAAAUCAUGACGAGACAACUGGACCACAGGAGCACAACAUUGAUUCAGUUCUAUGUGUGCAUCCAAAGGGACUGGUAUCAGCAUAUGAAGAAGUUGAUCUUGACAUGAAUACCCAGCAAAACGAACCAGUCCGAUCAAAUACCAAAGACGAUAUGACUUCGGCUUUAGCAUAUGAAGAUGUUGAUAUUGAUCAACAAGAUACAUCAGGCCAGAGUGGUGAAUCCUUGAACAAGCCACCACAUAGCAACAGUUCUGAUAUUAUAGCCAUGGACAAAUCAAAAGCUGGAUAUGAAGAGGUUGACAUAGACAACAAUAAUCCAAAUAUCUCCAUUGAUCAGCUUUACUCUAAGCCAUUUAAAAAACAACACCAGGAUUCGAGUGAAAUUGCGGCAUUGUACGCAAAACCAAACAAAGGUCCACGUGCUUUAACAAAAGACCCAAACAGUGCAAUACAAGAUACCAACAAGCGUGUUGCUUUAAACGAUGGAAAAACACCACUGUUGCAACAUAACGAAGCAGAUCAGACGAAUCAUUCCCAGGAAUAUUACUCAUGUCCAAUAGAUGUUGAUCCCACAUAUGUAGAUGAUAAUGGAGACGAUUAUGACGCGUUGGCCCUGGGCCAAUACCAGUGUGAGGUGGGGAGUGAAUAUAAUGGCAAAUGCUACCACUUUGAUGCAACGUUAUCCACAUGGUCAGAUGCUGAAGUUUCAUGCAACGGAUUCACAGGUGGUCGUUUAGCAGCAGUUCAUUCUCAAGGAAUAUUUGACUUUGUUAAAGACACGAUAAGCGGAACUGCAAACGCAACAUGGGAGAAUGCAAGAAUUGCUUGUGCUAGUCAAGGUGCCCAUUUGGCUACUAUAACAUCAGAUGGCGAAAAUACCAAUGUGGCAUCAUGGCAGUCGUCUUGGCAUUGGUACGGCUUAAAGCGGGGCUUGUAUUUCUGGAAUGGUAGGGCAUCUUUCGCAGACUGGCUGAAAUGGAAAACUGUCCCGUCGUCAAACUUAUUAAUGUCUCAAAGUUGUGUGCUUGCUGAUGUAUCAAAUCUAGGUCUUUGGAAAACUGGUUCAUGUAGCAACACACAUGGGUUCCUUUGUGAAUCUCAAUUGGUUGACAUCGAUGAAUGUGCACAAGGAUCGCAUAAUUGCCACCAAGAUGCAAUUUGCGCAAAUACAGACGGAAGUUUUGACUGUAAUUGCAAUCCAGGAUACUCCGGGGAUGGUGUAACUUGUACAGAUGGCGAUGAAUGUAUCUUGAACACUCAUAACUGCGACAUUAACGCUGUUUGCAGUAAUCUUCCAGGAUCAUUUUCGUGUAAUUGCAAUCCAGGAUACUCCGGAGAUGGUGUAACUUGUACUGAUGACAAUGAAUGUAUCUUGAACACUCAUAACUGCGACAUUAACGCUGUUUGCAGUAAUCUUCCAGGAUCAUUUUCGUGUAAUUGCAAUCCAGGAUACUCCGGAGAUGGUGUAACUUGUACUGAUGACAAUGAAUGUAUCUUGAACACUCAUAACUGCGACAUUAACGCUGUUUGUAGUAACAUCCCAGGAUCAUUCUCGUGUAAUUGCAUACCAGGAUACUCUGGCGACGGUGUAUCUUGCACAGAUGACGAUGAAUGUACUCUGAACACACAUAACUGCGACAUAAACGCUGUUUGUAGCAACAUCCCGGCAUCAUUUUCGUGCACUUGUAAUUUUGGCUACACUGGAGAUGGUGCACAGUGCCAAAUAAUCGACUUUAACCAUAAGCAGGAUCAGGAUUGCCUACGCUACCAAGGUCAAAGGUUGAGGAAUCAUGUCCUUCGUGUGGCAGGAUCAAGGUCAAGGAUUGACUGCGCUCGUCUUUGUAACACGAUUCCCACCUGUGUUGCUUUCAAUUUCAACAAGAAUCGAAACAUUAACAACUGUGAAUUGCUGUCUCAAGAUAUGGAUGAUUCGCCGCCAUCUGAUUGGGUUAUUGAUUCAGAGUGGAAUUAUCACGCUGUUCAGAUGCGUAUUUGGGAAUAGUAAAAAAACACAUACUUGUACACAAAUAAACUAUGAGUAUACUGGCUAUAGGUGGUGGACGGGUGCCUUAAAACCCACACUCACUCUUAUGUAAGGUAAAUGGACAGUGAUCCAUUAAGCUUACACUGUACUAUAAAC